GGUCUAUAUAGACUAAUGAAGCAUCCAUCUAUUUUGCAGAUAGCAGGGCCCCCACCUUCCAAAGGACCCAUGGUAGAACACCAGAAGGCAAUUGGCCUUUGGGCAGUAAAGCUACCUUCAGCAGAUUCCACUGUUGUCCGUAGAACACUCUCAGCUCUAACAGAGAACCCGCAUGGCCUUCCUGGGGUUGAUGAGAAUGAUGGACAGAUUGAAAGGAGAAAAAAUUUCUGGUCAACGGUGAAGCCAGCCCAUUUUGGGGUUAAGAUAGGAUCUAAGUCUCUAUUGGGCACCAUUCGGUUCAUCACAGUUGGACUGUUCAUUGGUCUCUUUGGAUCAACUGCGUUUGGAAGGUGGCUUCUCUUGAAAUAUCCCUCGAUUUUCAGUCUUGGGUGGUUUAAGAAGCAAGGGCCCACCGAAGAAGAGGUUAGGAGUGGUUCCUUCAAAAUGUGGUUUAUUGGACAUGGUUAUAGCGAUGCUAAUCUCGCAUCCCAAGGAAAUAGAAAACCAGAUACUGAGAUAAUUACCAGAGUCAUGGGGCCUGAGAUUGGAUAUAUAACCACCCCAAUUGUUCUGCUUCAAUGCGCGCUUGUACUGUUAAGUGGGCGAGGUAAUCUACCCAAAGGAGGUGUUUUGCCACCUGGCAUUGUUUUUGGCCCCACCGAUCUCCAAGAACGUCUCCAACAGAAUGGCAUAACGUUUGAUAUCAUCUCGAAGAAUGUGCUUUCUGCCUAGUUAGUUGCUCCUUUUUCUUUUUUAUUUUUUUGCUCAGAAGUUGCUCUAGGUUCUAUGUUUUCUCAAGGCUCAAGCUGCUUUAAAAGAAAGUGGCGGCUUGAGAUCAAAGUAAGACAGAAAUGAAUAAAAUUCCAAGCACUGCUUUUGUUUUCUAACUAUUAAGAAUUAAGAGUGUUGUUUCCACUUUCCAUCA